UAGGGAGAGCGUGGAGAGUGUGUGUGCAUAGGAAAGAGAGAGAGAGAAGAGGGGGGGAGAGAGAGAGCGCGUGUGUGUGGAAAAAGGAAGCGGAGCCUGUAAACGGCGCUGGUUUCCUACCCCUCGAAACAACUCACAGCGCUGUGUUACUUUUCAUGUGGACACUAUCAUCGACAGCAACAACAACACGGCCAAAGGGAAUAGCAGCAGAACCGAGACAUGAACCAGGAACAGUGCCUUUACACGGCCAUUUCGGACGCGAACAGUAAUUCAGUAAAGUGAAACCGUCUUUUGUUGAAGCAAGUGCUCGCCCGAGCCCCUCCGUGUGGGCAGCGGGUUUAAAAGGAGAAAAACCUGGAGGAUACAAAAAAAAGUGUCCUUGUUCGCCUCGUUUGGUCCCGGUUCUUGGAUGUGGCCCAGCUGGCUUAAGUUCGGUGGGUCAUCUUGAGCUAGGAUCGCAUUUUGAACUCUUUUGGAAGCAGUCUCUGGGACUCCAAGAAUCACCAGACUGGCGGCUUUUCUGAAACACUGGGGUUGUUGGUGUGGCCAAAUUUUCCCUGGAUUUGACUGGUAAAUUCAGAAGACUGAAGCCCAGGCUCACAGUCUACCUUUCACGGAGGCCCAGCCGUGAGAGGACUGAGGAAGGCACGUGGCGGAUCAUGACGGCCGACAAAGAGAAGGAGAGGGAGAAAGAGCGGGACAGAGAUAGAGACAGGGAUAGGGACAAGAGAGAGUCUGGCAAGUCUCGCCGGCUGGACGCCGACCGUGAGAGCGAGAGCUCCAGGCCCCGACGCAGCUGUACGCUGGAAGGCGGGGCCAAGAACUAUGCAGAGAGCGACCACAGUGAGGAUGAGGACAACGAAAAUGGCACCCCAGGUGGAGUGAACGGCAUGGGCGAGGAGGCCGGCAAGAAAGGCAAGAAGAAGACGCCUAAAAAGAAAUCACGCUACGAGCGCACAGAAAACGGAGAAAUCACCUCCUUCAUCACAGAAGACGAUGUUGUUUACAGACCCGGAGAUUGUGUGUACAUUGAAAGUCGCCGGCCCAACACUCCCUAUUUCAUUUGUAGCAUUCAGGAUUUCAAGCUGGUGAGUACAUCUUCACUUCCUGUGUGUCCGGUUUUGUGA